AUGAUUCGCCCUUGCACACUUAGCGAUAUCCCAGCAUUGCAGAAGAUCAGCAGAGCCACAUUUAAGGACACAUUCAUGGACUCAAACACUGAAGAAGAUAUGGCCAAGUUUCUCGAUGAUGCUUACAAUAUUCCAAAAUUAACUCGCGAAAUGAAUAACAAGAACAGUCAAUUUUACUUUGGAUUGCUUGAUGGUGAAGUUGCUGGAUAUUUAAAGGUAAAUAUGGAAAACGCACAAUCCGAAGCCAAGCCACUUAACUAUCUUGAAAUUGAAAGACUAUACAUCGAUAAGAAAUUCAAGAGACGUGGCUUAGGAAAGAUUUUAAUGAACUAUGCUGAAACAAUUGCAAAAAUUUAUAGAAAAGAUCACGCCUGGCUUGGUGUUUGGGAGCAUAACAAUAACGCCUUAGCUUUUUAUAAGUCAAUGGGAUACAACAAAGUUGGGGCACACACAUUUGUCGUUGGAACAGACGCUCAAACUGACUUGAUCUACGAGAAAAAGCUUGAAUAG